GUGAACACGUGGCUGGCCAGUAAAGCUUCCCAGCACAGCACCAUUGCCUCCCUGGAGAGUAUCGGCAAGACGUACGAAGGCAGAGAUAUGAAAGUUUUGAAGAUCGGAGAGGCCGCUAACAAACCCGCUAUCUGGAUAGAUGCCGCGCUCCACGCCAGAGAGUGGAUUGCCUCAGCCACCCUGAUUUACAUCGCCGACCAGCUACUCAAUGAAUACAGCUCCAACGCCAAUAUUAACAAGUUCACGUGGUAUAUUUUACCGAUUGCUAAUCCAGACGGAUACGAAUACAGUUAUAAUUAUAACCGGUUCUGGCGUAAAACCCGUACCAGAAACGCCGCGGACUACAGGGGGACGUGCCCCGGGGUGGACCCGAACAGAAACUGGGGAUUCCAUUUUGGAGAGGCCGGUACCAGCAACAACCCCUGCUCAGACAUCUACCGCGGAGAAACCGCCUUCUCAGAGAAGUGUGUCUUCAACAUGAAGACGUUCUUGUACAACAAGAGGAAGCAGAUCAAGGUGUACAUUUCCUUCCAUUCCUACGGCCAGAUGUUCAUGACUCCAUGGGGGUACACACACACAUCUGCUCCUUCCGACAUUCGUGAACUGACGAGGGUGGCAAACUUAGCUAAAACGGCCAUCAAAAAUGUGAACGGAAAAAGUUACAGUGUCGGAUCACCCGGAAGUCUUCUGUACGAUGCAGCCGGUGGGUCUUUCGACUGGGCGAAAGGUGUCGCUGGCAUCAAGUACGCGUACACACUGGAGCUGCGACCGGCUGAUAACACCUCUGGAGGUUUCGCCAUCCCUGCCUCUGAGAUCUUGCCCACUGGGAGAGAGACUUACGCCGCCGUCAAGGAGGUAGCCAAACGGGUGACCGUCUAAUGAAGCCGAAUGUGUCUCGAUAUGUUUAAUAAUUCUGCGUCUUGAUUUAAAGUUUGAACGUUUUACUUUCUUCACGAAAUUUAAGGUAUACCUCACAAAGAUGUCACUCCGUGACCUUCCUCAGUGUCUGUUAUCGUGAGACUUAAAGUAGAAAGUGAAAAGUUUUAACUUAUGAACAUUAUCAAUAGACUACACAUAAAAAUGAAUUUCCAUCAGAAAACUGCGUCUUGAGUGUUUGAAAUCAAAAGCAUUAAAGGAGGUACCAAUAUGUCUGAAUGAUCAAGAUUUUUUGAGAAGUUAAAGUAUAAACGCCGAU